AGCUUCUUAUUAAUAAAAGACCAAAGAGAGCAGUGAAGCAAGUAGUUCCUUUUAGCUAUGAAGCUAAAGAAUCCAAGAGUCGCUCAAGAAAGAAAUUAGAAAAUAUUGGCCAAGGCUCAGGAACACCUCUUGGUGAAAUCCCUGCUGUUUCACGUAAUAUUAAUCGUUUAAAAUACAAUGAUGAUGUAUUGAAAGGUCUACACAAACUCUUUUAUGGAACUGUUGGUAUGAAAAAUGAGAUUAAAUCAAACAUCCGUCGAUUUUCUGGAUUUUCUAAUGCCACGCCUGUAGACGAAAUUGUCAUUAAGGAAAAGUUGGAAAAAUGGAAAUUAAUUGGACUGAAAAACAUGUGUACUGUCUUUAACUUGAAAGCAAGUGGCGAUAAAGGAACUAUAAUUGAUAGACUUUAUAGUUGGUUAAUAAAUCCAAAAGAAGUAUCCGGUUCUGAUGAGAGCAAGGCUCAGAGAAAAACUAAAUCAUCAUUAUUAUCAUCUAAAAAAUCCAAAGCUCCUCGUAAGAAAUCUGCUAGGGACAUUUUUAUGAAUGAAAAAAGAUCAUUAUAUAGAGCUAUGGAAGAGCACAAAUCUAAAAAUCGUGUUGACAUUGAUAAGAUUUUAUCUGAGGCAUGGAAAGGCGUAUCUGCUGAGGAGAAAAAAGAAUUCGAAGAAAAAGCAAAAGAAGAAAAUAUUAAGACCGGUAAAACAAUUAAUAAAAAGCAAUCAUCUAAAAAAGCUAAAUCUUCUGAAACAAAAAACAAAACUGGUUCUGAUAAAAUUGGCAAGGUUGAUAACGACAAUAGCAAAAUGGAUAUUGAUAAAAUUGUCGUGAAAACUCAAGACGAUGUGAAAAAAAAUAAAGACGAUGAAGCUGAAAAAGUAACCAAAGUUUCAAGAAAGCGCAAAUCGGCAAAUGAUGACAAGGAUGAAAAAUCUGGUGAAAGUUCUAAAAAAAGUAAAGCAGCAACACCAGUAGAAGUUAGUCCCGGUGUCGAGAAAGCUUCUAAAAGUUCAAGAAAACGUAAAACACUAGGAGAAUCAGGAGAACUAGUAGAAGAUCAAGAUGAACAACACAAAAGUUCAUCAUCAAAAAAGAUCCAAGUAACCGAUCCUGCAAUUGAAAAUAAACGAAAACGUGGCAAAAACUGA